UUUUGUUUUGAGUGUGUGGUUUCAAUAUAAUAGAAACAACAAAAGGUAAAUAGAAGUUAAAAAGAAUUAAUUACUUACGAGGAAUGCAAAAAGCAUCACACAUUGCCCAACAAGAUUCCCAGGAGAACAUACCGAGAGUUUUUACAUCUACUGUUAAUAUGAAGCGGCGUACAUUAUCUGGCAGUUGUGCUGUUGGCUUCUUUGUGCUGGCAUUUGGUUUCAUCGCAAUUGCAUUUGCCACACCCAGCUGGCUGGUAAGUGAUUACCGUAUCACUGGAGCAAAAUUGGAAAGAUUAGGACUGUGGGUGCACUGUUUCAGAUCGUUGCCCGAUGUCAAUGAUGACAGUCAAAGGCGUUUCUUUGUUGGCUGUCGUUGGGUAUACGAUCCCUUUACAACAGGAUAUGAUGAGAUCAGAGGAUUUUUAUUGCCUGCUUUUAUGAUAGCCACCCAGUUCUUUUUCACGCUGGCAUUCAUUGGCAUGCUAGCAUCGGGUAUUGGUGUUCUGAUAUUUUUCUUAUGUGCUGGUCCUGAUCAGAAGUACUUCAUAAAACUUAUACAAAUCAUUGGCUAUGUAGUGUUGGGUGCUGGUAUAUGUGCUAGUAUUGCUGUUAUUGUAUUUGCUAGUCUUGGGAAUCGCAACAACUGGAUGCCAGAACAUGCCAACAAUUGGUUUGGCUGGUCUUUUAUUUUAGCCUGUGUGGGAGCUGUAAUGGCCCUAGUGGCCGCACCCCUUUUUCUAACAGAAGCCAAUGUUCAACGCCGUAAGCGCACUUUAUUUAAAGAAUCUCAAACACGUUUCGAAAUGAUGCAUGGUGGCAAAUAAUGAAUUUCAAAUGCAGUAAUUACAUUUUGUCACUCAAUUUUGGAUACAGUCGUAAGUUUUAUACUAAAAAAACCACACUACCAACAUAACUACAAGCGAUUUCAACAAUAACUGGACAAAGCGCAAAAUGAUAAUUUUUAGAUAUUUAGGAGACAAUUUGUUGUUGGUACUUAGGCUCAUAUAUAAACAUUUUUCUUCUUAAUUUUUUUUUUUUUUACAAUUCAUUACAUUUUUUUAUACAAUAUAAAGACUGUCCGAAAAAACACAAACAAAAAUAUUAAAAACAAAUAGAACCAUUAUGUAAAUAAGUGGAUAAAGGCGUAGUGUGACAUUAGUAGUUAUUGCAUAUCAUUAAUACGACAGACAAUACGAAAUUCUAACAUUCCUUAAAUUAGUUACAAUAUAAAUUAUAAGUAUACAUAUCCCUUCAGUAGAUUUAAAAGGGAUUGUUCAUUCGAUUAUUAAAAAAAUUGUUAUUUUACAAAUAAUUGUGCCUUUAGUAUUUUUUUUUAUAACAUAUAAGUUUAAAAGCGAAUCUCUGUGUCUUUUUAUUCCGCCCACAAUUUUAAAUCAUAGAUGUUAAAAAAUUUUAACGAUUACAUAUAAAAUAUUAAAUGUACAAAUCAUAUUAUUAAACAAUUUAUGUAAAAAUUAAACAAACAAAAAAAUGCAACAUAUUUAUACAUUUAUUUAGUAUGUAUGUAAAUUUUACGACUGAUAUUUAUUUCGGUCAGAAUAAUAUAUAUUUUUUGUGUAUUAUUAAGAUUUUGCAUUCCGUCCAUGUUUAUACAAACAAUAUGUAUUUCAAUAAAAAACGAUAAAUAAAGCCAUUGUUUAAUAAAUUUACCCAUGAAUGUGGAAACAUAUUGUGGUAAGCAAUUAAA